GCGAAACCUGAAGUGAAGUAGACGUCACCAUUGCAUCGCCGUCGUCAUCAUGUCAGCUUCACCUUCACCAUCACAACAGUCAGUAUUCAGCAGUCACCAGUGUUUCCAGAACCAAUGUAACUGGAUGGCAAACAGAUGCCGGUUAUCAUAUGGGCAUUCAUUUCAUUUUUAUACGCCUGAUUCGUCUAUGCAGGGCAGUAUGGUUUUAUUUUCUCUCUCUGUUUUCUAUUUAUUCAAGACUAUUUGAAACGUACAUGCACAACCAUGAUUGUUUCAAUCAGUCUUAUUUUCCUUCUUCUCUUCUGAAAUGAAACGAACAUGGGUAACCAUGUUUGUUUCAGUCAGAUUAGUUUAUUUUACUGUGUAAUGAAAUGAAACGAACAUGGGUAACCAUGUUUGUUUCAGUCAGUUUUAUUUCUCACAUUCUCUUCUGAAAUGAAACGAACAUGGGUAACCAUGUUUGUUUCAGUCACUUAUAUCACAUAUUGUCUUCUGAAAUGAAAUGAACAUGGGUAACCAUGUUUGUUUCAGUCAGUUUUAUGUGACAUAUUCCCUUCUGAAAUGAAACGAACAUGGGUAACCAUGUUUGUUUCAGUCAGAUUUGUUUCCCUUAUUCACUUGUGAACUAAAACAAACAUGGUUUCCCAUGUUUGUUUCAGUGAACAUAAUGUUUAAAAUUUCCUACUAUUUGCAUAGGAACACUGGGGGGGAAAUUAUUCUCACCUAAUCGGACGAUGGAAACUUCAGUAGCAUGUGCUUCAACGAGAAUUGAUUGCUACCAACCGCAAAGGAUAUCGCAUUCGAUAGAACAAAGUAAUGCAUUCGAUUGGUCAGCCGACGUUUAAUCCUUCGCUUUACAAUUCAUGGUCGGCCCAUGACAGUACGAGUAACAGGUAAAAAUGAUGGUGGAGAAGGAAAGAUGUUCAGGGUUGUUGAUUUGCGUGGUUGGGAUAAUGAAUCUGGCCGCAGCAUCCUGAUAGAGCGAACGCCAAAAGCAGCGGAAAGACUUCCCUGCAAGUUGCCUCUCAUCAGGGUCACACGUUCAGUGUGGCCCUGAUGAUUGGAUGAUUGGUUGCCCUGUUGAUUGGUUGGAUUCUUAUUGUCCAAAGGGGCAUCUAUGGAAAUUCCUGACGAUGACGGUGAUACAGCCUUACAUUAUGCCGCUUUUGGAAAUCAGCACGAAGUUAUGGAACUGCUCAUAAAAAAAGGAGCCGUCAUUGAUAGUACGAAUCGCGGACGCUGCACACCUUUGCAUGUCGCUGUCAAUAAGCAGUUUCCUGCUUGUGUUCAGAUGCUCCUCAAAUACGGAUGGGACGUCAAUGUUCAAGACUCGUACGGAGACACGGCCCUGCACGGUGCAAUCGGCAAGGAAAAUGCGGAUAUUAUAGAAGCUUUAGCUUCGGCAUCAGCUGUCGAUUGUACACUGAGGAACACGCGGGGUUUCAAUGUUCUUCAUCACGCCGCUCUCAAAGGGAAUUAUUUCGCGGCGGAGCGCAUUUUGAUGCGCAGUCGACAGCUGGUGGAUGUGAAAAAGGAUGACGGAUUCGCAGCCCUUCAUUUAGCUAGUUUGAAUGGCCAUGUUCAGAUGGCCUUUCCCCGAUUAAAAUGAAUCGGGGCCGAGACCUACGAGUGAGACAAAAAUUACCAGUAAAGGAGGAUCGCCCGAUCAAUCGUUGCCACCUUCCGUCGGCAUUGAAUGCAUUGUCUGCUGUGAAAAUCCGCCGGAUGUGCGUUUUGAACCUUGUGGCCAUGUCGUCACCUGUUCCAAAUGUGCCCAACGGAUGAAAAAAUGUUUACAUUGUUCUCAAAUCUAAUUCCGCGUUGUGCUUUCUUGCAGACGGCACCCCGAUAUCAAGCCAAUCGUCUCAACAGCCCAGCCAAGAUCACUUAAAAUAUUUGGAAUCUCGUAUCGCUGAAAUAGAAGAGGCUUAUACAUGUUCCAUUUGUAUGGAACGCCGAAGGAAUGUGGCUUUCCUUUGCAGCCAUGGUGCGUGUGACAGCUGUUCGCUCAACUUUCGCCAUAUGUGCCGAAAGUUGAUCGCACGUAAAAUCAAUCUGUAUUGAACAAAAGGAGCAUGCGAACAAUGUUAAAGAAGGGGUUGGUUCAGCUGUUUGUUCCAAGCGAAAGGAAGUAAGCAGCGCUUUGCUGCUACCGUUUCCAGUUCAAAUAGAAUUUACUUGGAAAGUCAUAUUUCAAAACUGCUAGAACGGGACCUCAGACUAUGCAUUGUUUGGCCCAUCCUAUCCGCACCUCAUUUUUGUGUAAAUUUUAUUCUGGUUGAAUUCAAUGUGAAGUUUUUGUCUGUCUUGAAUUUAGCAUGAUGAUUAUGUCUAGUUAUACUGGAUAUAUUGUUUGUGCCUUUAAAACGUUUGCAAAAAAGAAUGUUCUUAGAUCUGACACCAUGUGUUACUGAAUUGAUUAAAGAUCCUUGAAUAACUCA